AUGCCGAGCAUAUGGAAGUCGGGCGCAAACGCCGGCCGAGUAAAGGCCGGUAGCAAGUCCAUCCGAGGGACAAUCUCAGGACCGAUACCAAUACCGAACGCCCUUGACGAUGACAACGAAUUCCCCAUUCGAUCUUUGGGCGCAAUCAGGUCCACAAAGACUGAAGACGAGUUUGGCGGUAUCCAAAGACCAGGGACUGGUGGAAUUGCCAGCCCAAUAGCUUCACCAACAGCAAUUCAAGCGGUGGAAGGAGGAGCGUUGAAGGAACAGCUCUACGACAAUAGGCACCAUGAUGAAAGUAGCGACAGCGACAGAGAGAGAAGCCCAGGUUCAAGGCAGGGCAUCAACUCAGCAACUUUUGAGAUUCAGGGGGAGCAUGUGGGCGGGGAUGGAAUUUCUCCAGUGGUCUCCCAAAGAGCAAAAGCGCCAUCAGACCCUCCACCACUGUUGCCACCGAACUCUGCCGGUGCUGCAUCAUCAUCUACUGAGAGACAACGGACACCGCAGCGAACCUCCCCGCCGCAGACGUCAUCGCCAUUGAGAACGACUCCAAUGAGGGUUAUGACGACACCCUCAACGGGACGGAUCACGAACCCCCUUCAGAGCACUGCCCUGCGAUACUCGACCAUUAGCGAUACCCCGAGUGGGCAGACUAACAACAGCAAGGGGCAGCCGCAGAGGAAGCAGUCCACACUGCGCUCGGCACUGGGCAAGUUAUUUGGACGAGGAAAGAAGAAGAAUGGGUUGGCGGCUGGAGAGCAGAGGAGUCCUCCUAAUUCGGAGCGCGAGUCUGUUCUCAUGUCUCAGCACAAGAGUGACCCAAGUGCACUUCAUCGGACGAUUGAAAUGUCGCCCAAGCGAUCUGCCUCGCUUCCCAUCAGUGAGCUCGACAGGCCGCUGCGCUCGCAUUCUAUCGGGCCAGAUGACAUCCGGGCUAUCGAAAGUGCCCGGAAUUCACUCCAGGCCGAUAUUGGAGGGAACUCCGGCUCCAUCGCAAGGCGGCGCGCUGCAGCGGCAAAUGCAAAUGAGCGCCGGUUCUUGUUUGUGCCGCGCUUUCCUGAGGCCGAAGUAGGCGCCGGCUUGUCACCACGACCUGCCAGUAGCCACGGUCGCGGAAGCCGACUGUUUGCUGGAGUUCCGCGCGGGGAACAUGACGACCCAAGUGAAAUUGGGCGCGCCAUCACCAGCGAUAGUGGCAGCCAUGCGGGGAAUUGUCGGGCGCCGGAGCGCCGUCGCAGCGACGAAAUUCGGUACUGGCGUGAGUCCUACAACGCGGGAUUCCACUCGCCACUAUCAUCGGACGCGAACGUCAAUGCCGAUAUUGACAACGACGGUGUAGCAGAUCUCAGCGUCCCCGCAAGCCCCGCAGUCGAGAGACCACCGGAUACACCUCCGCAGCCGUUCAACUUUGGAUCGAUAUCGAAGCAGAUGGUGGGAAUGAAGAUCACUCAAGCGGUCACCAUCGACACCCGUAUUGGCACCCUCGAGACACGGACCGGAAAGUUGGAGCGGGUUGUCGACCAGCUUUGUCACGUAGUUCCCGGGUUCAGGGGCCCGCUCAGCGAUAUUUCGGCGGUCGGAGGAGGGAGAGGUACCGGAGGACCAGGAACCAUCAGAACCAUUUCUGACGGUCGACCUUCCUUCACAUACACUGCUGCCUCGCCGCCGCCCCCUCCGAUUUCCCCCGUCCCACCACGUCAAGGACAGCAACCAGUUAAUUCCCAGUCCGACAUCAGCCACUCCCCACGAGCUAGCAGUGAGCGACAGUCGAUGGAUUCGGACUCGCAUUCGCAGAUUUCGUUCGGCGAAGCCCAGACCUUCAUCGGUUCUCUCCACCCGCCCUCAUCAUCAGCCACCCAAGCACAAUCCUUAACCACCGCCACCACGCCCACCACGGCCGCGACCCUCAGCCUCCCACCCCACCCAGAGGAGCCGAACGACACAGACCGGGACCGGCCAACUUCCAACUCCACCGUCCGCGGCGUCGCCAGCAUGCCUUCCAUGCACGAAAACGCCACGACAGCCUCCAUCAGCGAGUACUCCUCCACCAACGCCCACAACCCGACCUACUACAACCAGUACCACGCCCUCCUUAGCCAGCUGGACUCGGAGCGGCAGGCCCGCCAGGCGCUCGAGGGGCAGGUCAAGAAGUUGUCGGACCGCUUGAACGCGUUGUCGAGCACCAUGUAUGCUUUGGUCAGGGAUAGCGGGUCGUGGGGGGCACCUGAUCCGUCCAGUCCCCGAUCAACUAUAAGCGGAGGAGGAGGAAGAAGAGGCAGAGGCCAUCCGCCAUCGCACAUCCCGAGUGUUUUCGACUACGAUAAUGCCGACGAUGAUCAGCAUGGAGAAGACGACGAAGACGACGAGGAGGAUAUCGACGAUAACGUUGAUCCAGCUGUGAGACACGGAGGACAUCACAGUGUUGGGGUCGUUUCUAAGGCGAAGUUGGCUUUGGUCGCGAAACCUACCUCUAGAGGUAGCGGCGUCGGCGGCAGAGGUGGUCAGGAAGACGACGAGGCGGAAGAUUUCCAGACGCCGCGGGAAGAGUUUCAGACGCCGAUGACGCCGACACCGCCGGGUUACACUUAUGGGGCUUUUAGCCCUGAGGUUGAGAGCGGCGAUGACGAGGCCGGCGGGGACUCUGAAUCUGAUGCCAGGGCGGAGAAGAAGCAGAAGAAGGCGGCGAGGACGCUGAGCUUGAGUCAGUUGACCAUGCCCAAGAGGAUCUGA